AGACGACCGCCCCAGCCGAGUGCGCGAUAUCGCUGUACACACUCACACAUACACACGCAUACGUAAUAUACAACACACACACACGCAGAAAUUUAGCAGUCUAUCGUAUUAUUAUACCCGUACGUGUGUUAACGUGUGUACAAGCAGUGAGAAAAUCAAACAGAAAAAAAAAAAAAUAAAAGUUUCAACCUAUCUGUGUCGCCCGCGCGCGUAUCGCGAUGAGCGAGAUCGUCUAAUCGAAAACGAUAACGCCGAACGCCGCCGCCGCCGCGCGCAUUACACGCGUACGCGAGAAAAAUUCGAUUUUCCGUCAGUGCGAGUACCACGGUUUUUGUUUUUCGUGUGCCGUUCCGUGGACCGGGCGUAUUUGGUGUCGGUCAGCGCGCUCGUCAGUGUGUAUUGUGUGUUUAACCGUAGUGCACAGCCCGACAGCCGCCGUCGUCGUCGUCGUCGUCGGGGUGUGCGACGGACUGGGCUUUUGCCACAACCGACGCCGAGUGCGGACAGCGGGUGGACGUGGGUCCGUCGACACUUUGGAAACGAGAAGAAGAAGAAAAAAACGUACAUGGACGAUGCAAUUUCGCCGGUCGUCGCCGCCGUCCUAAUAGGGUGACGGGCGGCCACACGAGUGGACGUGGACGGAUCCUGAGUAACGACAGUCGCUGUGCGUAAUUCUCAGUGAGGCCCUGCGCUGCGGUCACUGUGGAGUGGCACGAGGCGUCUGCUGCUGCUGGCCGCAUCGGUGGUGGUGGUGGUGGUGAGAACGGCGGGUGGGCAUCGCAUCGGAUAAUAACGGGCGCGCCGCGGCAGCCUACCGUCCUCCGUCGUCGUGGUGGACCGGGCCGCAAGGUGUUGCUAUUAUUGCAAUGGCGUGUUGCCUGUCCGAAGAGGCCAAGGAACAGAAGCGCAUCAACCAGGAGAUCGAGAGACAGCUGCGGCGUGACAAGAGGGAUGCCCGGCGAGAACUCAAACUCCUGUUGCUCGGUACUGGUGAAUCAGGGAAAUCUACGUUUAUCAAACAAAUGCGGAUCAUCCACGGUUCUGGUUAUUCCGACGAAGACAAACGAGGGUUUAUCAAACUAGUAUACCAAAAUAUAUUCAUGGCCAUGCAGAGUAUGAUCAGGGCCAUGGACAUGCUCAAAAUACAUUACGCUGAUCCAACUUGUUCUGAACGUGCAGAGCUCAUAAAAAGUGUAGAUUUUGAAACGGUCACGACUUUCGAAAGUCCAUACGUCGAAGCGAUCAAAGCACUAUGGGCGGACGCCGGCAUUCAAGAAUGUUACGACCGUAGACGUGAAUACCAGCUCACCGAUUCUGCAAAAUAUUACAUAAACGACCUAGCCAGAAUCGAAGCUCCCGAUUACUUGCCCACCGAACAAGAUAUUCUUCGAGCUAGGGCUCCGACUACGGGCAUUAUCGAAUACCCUUUUGAUCUCGACGGUAUCGUCUUCAGAAUGGUCGAUGUCGGAGGACAGAGAUCGGAACGAAGAAAAUGGAUCCAUUGUUUUGAAAACGUCACGUCCAUUAUAUUUCUGGUGGCGCUUAGUGAAUACGAUCAGAUUCUUUUCGAGUCCGAAAACGAAAAUCGGAUGGAAGAAUCAAAAGCGUUAUUCAAAACUAUCAUAACAUAUCCUUGGUUCCAACACUCGUCAGUAAUAUUGUUUUUGAACAAAAAGGAUCUUCUCGAAGAGAAAAUCAUGUACUCUCAUCUGGUAGAUUAUUUUCCAGACUUCGAAGGACCUCAGAGGGACGCCAUAAGUGCACGAGAGUUUAUUCUAAGGAUGUUUGUGGACUUAAACCCUGAUAGUGAGAAAAUUAUUUAUUCACAUUUCACGUGUGCCACAGAUACUGAAAACAUAAGGUUUGUCUUUGCUGCAGUGAAAGACACCAUACUUCAAUCCAAUCUCAAAGAAUACAACUUAGUGUAAUACAAUGAACGACACAAAACGAUGAUUGUCUGUAUGUUAAUAUUUUUUACUAUUAUAAUGUUAAAACAACAAUACGAUUAGUGUAAAUUCUAAUUAUAAAAUAAUAAUUGUAUAAAAAAACAAAUGAAAAUUUGAAAAAAUGUGUCCUACAUUUUUUUGUACAAUAUUUUUAACCAAUACGUUUUUUCUACAUUUUAUCUCCACGAGUGUUAAACGUUGGUGUCGCGUGUCAAGUCGGUGGAAAUUCAUCGUUGAUUUUAAAAACAUAACAUAAGGGUAACUUAAAAUUUUUUUUAAAACAAAUUUUUUACAUGUGUAAAAAUGUAAUGAAAAAAAUAAUAAAAACUACAAUUAAUACUUUUUAUAAGAGCGCAUUUUUUUCUAAUUAUUAUUAUUAUUAUUACUAUUAUUAUUAUUAUUAUUAUUAUUAUUAUAAUUUUUUUUAAUAUUAUUUAAAGAAAAUUAUAUAAUUAAUUAAUCUCCUAAUUUUCAUUGCAUUUAACCCUAUGUUAUAAUAAUUAUACAAACUAUGUAAUAUUAAAAUUUAAAACGAGAAGUCAAUAUAAAACAAAAUUUGUAUAUAUAUAAAUCUAUAAUAAGAUUAUAAGAAAUUAUAAAUAUCAGAAUAUAAAUUUUUAAGUGUAUACAAAACGAAAAUAGUUUCAAACACCGCCCGCCUUCCUUCAAAAAAACCAAGACAUUUCUUUUGUUUUUUUAUUUGUUGUAAUUAUUUAUAUAAUUAUUAUCUUUAACAUCGUGAGGUGGAGGUUUUGUUCGUACAAUUUUGAUUUUUAAAUGAUAAUAAUAAUAAUAAUAAAACCCUUAAAAUUGCAUUUAAAAAAAAAGGGUGGUUCUAGUCACAGUCUUGUUAAAAAAAAAGCUAUAAAAUUGUGAAUUUUUUCUAAGUUACCUGUGUACAUUUUUUUUAAUUUAAAACAAACGAAACUUUGUAAUUUUGGUAUUAAAACAACUUUGUCUUUUGAGCUUCGUCUCAAAAAAAAAAAAAAAUAUGCUCACCCCGAUUUUUAUUCUAUAUAUUUUGUUUAUAAUACUUUUAAGCCAACCAGUUUGUUUUGUUUUUUUUUUUUUUUAUUAUUAGAUAUAAAUUAGGUAUAUAUAUAUAUUGGUAAAUUAUAAUAUAUAUAUAUAUAUUUGUGUACAAUUCAACGUGUUUGAGAGGUGCCUUGCUAACUAUAAACUUUGUCGUUGCGUCGAUAUUUUAUCGAUUACCAUUUUGUUAUAAUAUUAUAAAUAGCUGUACGUGUAAUAAGUUGUUGUGCUAUAAAAUUUUACAUAUUUUAAAAAAGUGUAAGCUUUUAAUUUGUGUUCAUUUGUCAACUUACGGGGAGGGGGGAAUGUUUAACUUAGUGAGGUUCUCUUGGACAACGUGUAGAAUUAGUACGCGUGUACAUAAAAAGUUUGCGGGGUGAUCGCAAGUCUGACCAUCCAAUGUAUUCAAUGUAUUUUUUCUUGCAUUGCAUUGUAUAAACAUUUUUUAUAUACUGCAGCAAGUAAUUAUUUUCAAUACUUUUAUACAGUUUACAAACACGGGAAUACUUUACACAUAUUUUUUUUCUAAUUUAUUUCAGUCAAAAAAAAUAAUUUUACAUUAGACAUUUUACAUAUUUUUUAAACAUUUUAUUAUUUAU